AAAUGAAGUGAGGGAUUUUACAACAACGAAUUGUUACCAAAAUCUUUACACAACAGUUGAAUGAACCACGAACACCGAAAGAUUGUUAUGAUCUCAAAGUGGUAUCAAGAUUUUGUUUUAGUCCUAUUAUGGCCAGUUUUGAUAUUUGCAACAGAUGAUUCUUCUGGUAGACUUCAAGACUCUACCGAAGUUUCUGAUGGAAUCAUCUUAUUUGCCAAUGUGUUUUCAUUUCCGCAUCACAAGCUCGACUCAAGACCAUUUGAAACUCACGCAGUUAACAGUGAGCAAGAUUGUAUUGAAAUUUGUUCUCAGAUUUCUCGCUGUCGAUCGUUAAAUUUCAAACAUGGUGCAGAGGAAAGUGAUGAAUUUGACUGUCAUCUUUUAGACAACGACAAAUUCAACUCUUCAGCUUUAUUCGAGAAAAACCCGGAUUUUCAUCAUUACAGUUUAGCGGCUCCUUGUUAUCACAAUCCAUGCAAGAACGGGGGAAAAUGUCGCCCAGUAAUCGAAAAGUACGACUUCAAUUGUCAGUGUACGGAACAUUUUGGAGGAAAAAAAUGCGAUCUUCCGAGAAUUUCCCAAGGAAGCAAUGUUUGCACAUGGUUUUUGGAAAACGGAUCGAACAAAAGUGGCAUUUAUCAAGUUGCAGCAGAUGGGACUGACAUCAUCAGCAUCUUUUGUGAUCAAACCAAUCAAGGAGGAGGUUGGACUAUGGUAUUCAAGUUAGUGGCCGGAGUUUCAGCUGAUAUCUCUCGUCUGUGGUCAUCAGGUGACCCUUUAAACGAAAACAACGCAGAAGUAUUGAAUACCACUUCAACGCCCAAAGAACAUUACAAGAACCGCAUGAUAAGGAACUGGAAUACCUUAGGACUAAAGGAGGUGCGUGUCGUUCUCUACAAAAACGAUUCUGAAGCUCUCUUCAUUUCGUUCAACGCAACUGGCACUGACAACAUAAACUGGUUUGCAAAGAAUAGGGUGACUGAGUCGCCAUGGACAGACCUGGGAAGUGAAUCUCAAAACAUUUUCUCCAACAUUGAUCCACAUGCUCACUCAGGCAGAAGUUUUCACAUAAACAGGAAUUAUGGGGGAUGCCCUGUAGAUGCAGGAUGGCUCUUGGUAACAGAGGGAAAACCCUGUGAAUACGAAGAAAAGCUUCCACCCAUAGUGAUCCUUUAUAGUAAACUCCAUAACUACACGAACUGGAAUUUUCAAGAGAAUGUUGGCACUGCCGAUGUUCUUGUGGUUUUCGUUCGUUGAUCCAAAGACUCACCAGGAGAUGGACAUGAAUGACUAUAAAUUGAUGCUCAGAUAAGUUUUUGGCACAUCAAUGCAAGACAACCUUCUUAAAUCAACAAACUCUUUCAGAAGCGCUAUAUAACUGACUCACUGUCUUAGGCAGGACAGCGAACGGGCUGAAAUAGCAAUUCUUUUAUCAAAAUUUCAUUGAAAGUUAUGUACACAGUCAGACAUCUGCUUAUUGACCCGUUCCCUGGUUUCUACUUACUUAUAUAAUAUCCGCUAUAAAAUGUUCUGUAAUAAAAAUGUCCCAGUCAAUUCAAUACCACAAUAGCUCUUGUGCGUGGCAAGCAGAAUGAGGAAUGUGUCACUGGAUGCGACCAAGCCAAUUUGAACUGAAUUUCAAUAGGAUUCUUUUGUCCAUCGAGGUUUACAAAUUGCAUUUUUAUUUGAGGACUGUUUCGCAACGUCAAAAAUGUCCUAGAAAAUUAGCUUGUGAAGGAGUUAAAGUGUUGGUGUAUAUUUGUCCGAA